AUGAUAAAUUUCAAGCAUGAUAAGAACGCAGAAGGUGAAAGAGGACAAACCGACGACGACGUUAGCAGGCUUGCGCGGACGAGGGAGGGAGAUGUUUCUGAUGCAUUUUGCAUUUCUGAUGCGACGGUCACAGAGCAGCUUGCAGCGGCUGUGUUAAUUUGUGUGUGUCGGUGUGCAGUUGCGUUGGAGAUGAAGGAGUCACGAGCAGAUGGCGGAUAUGGUGAAAUCGGUCAGAGAGAAAAAAAGGAAUGCGGCAGUGGUAGUUUGGAAACAAAAGGAAAUGUUUGUAAGGCAGAAUAUGGUUUUGUGAAAAUUGAUGCUUGA